GCGAUCAAGAAGUUCGGCAAGCUGCUUCAGAUCGCGUUCGGGGAGGCAGGGUCAGAGAUCAUCGGCAAGAACAACAUGGAGAGCGACGGGGCCGUCAACCCCAUGGUCGCUGGUCGCAAGAUGCAGGCCAUCUUCGGCUUCGCCAUCAUCCGCGCCUUCACCGACUGCACUGAGUGCCUACAGGAGGAGGUCAUGCUGUUCGUCAACACCAUCGCUGACAUCCUCCACCGCUCCGGAGCUCCCAACAAGAACAUCGGCGACGCCUUCCUCCUCGCCUGGCGCCUCCCCGACGCUGCCGAUCUCUCCGCCCCCCAUGACGACAUCGCUGAGUGCGCCCUCCGAGCCUGCGUGCGAACAUGCGUAGUGCUGGCAGAGACGCAAGCGAGCGACAGUCUGAGGAGGAUGACGGAGAACCCCAAGAUUCAGGAGCGACUCCCCGGCUACACCACCAGCAUGGGCUACGGCCUGCAUGUCGGGUGGGCCAUCGAGGGAGCGAUCGGGUCGAUGCUCAAGAUCGACGCCUCCUACCUGUCGCCCAACGUGAACCUCGCGGCUCGGCUGGAGACAGGCACCAACCAGUUCGGGGUCGACAUCCUCAUCUCCGAGCAAGUCUUCUCCAUGAUCCGCCCGGACCUCCAGCGCCUCCUCCGCAAGAUCGACUGCGUCACC